AUGCUGUCACUAGCUCAAGAAAGGCUUGAGGAACUUAACGGCAUUCAACCUCAAGACGAUGGCGCUAUAGAUGUUUACGAACAAAGUGGGAAGUCGCCAUGGACAUCGCGCCCUAGCUCUACUGAUUCUGGCUGGCACGUGAAUUUCCCGAAUGGUGAGCCUUCUUUCCACUUCCAGCCCUUUACUCGCGAUCACUUCGACGAAGUUAUCGAGACGUGUGUUCGCCUACUUGGUGAUUGUCCACCGUAUAUCAAACUGGUGGGCACGAUGUUCGGCUGGAACAUGCAUUGCGCUCCGUUGACUCGAAGACUAGAGGGUGGGUUGCCCGUGACCCACGCUAGAUUUACGACUCGACUGAACCGCUCGUUCGACGACAUUAACAGCACAAUGCCGAAAUUGGGGUUCAAUGCAUGGCCACUAAUAUCAACGCCCCCAAAUUGGAAUCGUUGUCAACGUGAUGCGGUAUAUACGGAAUUUCUGCAAGAGUUCGAGAAGGACGCGUAUGUGAUGGUAUGCAACGUUCCCGGGCCGAAACAUUACCGCUUUUUAUUUCUACUGCGAAGAUUGUCUUGGAAACGACGAAAUGGAAAGCGCGUUAGCCAUUACAUGAUGGUUAUUGCGGAUACAAAGGCCAAUGCACUCAACCGUGCCGCUGUGGAGUCUCAGGAUGCUGUCAACUGGGUACUUGAAGGGGGAACGUUCCUCACUUUUACAGAAGUAGACGAUAAAUCGGUUGACGUGAGCUACGACCACUGGACAAGUUGCGAAGAUGAACGACACGCUCAACUUCUGUUUAUCCAGUGGGCACAAUUUCUUUGUCGGUGGUCGGAGAGAAUAUCCCCGUCAAACCUCCUUCAACCAGAGAUCUAA